GUGACGUAUAUGUGACAGAUGUCAGAAAGUUUAUUUUCUUGUCAGCUGUUUAAUGAACAGCUCUUACAAAACAAAGAACUAUGUUAAUAGUUUGAUUUAGUUUUCUGGAUGAUAUGGAUCGACCAGGCCAAACCGGCUAUUUGCUAUUAAACGAAGAAGGUGCAGUUUUAUCCUCUUCUGGCGACUUAGAGAAUGACGAAAAAUCUGCAGUGAUUAUUAUGGGACUGUUGAAUAUUACUUCCCACAUAGAUUCAAAUGCAUUGUCACCCGAAGGUUUCAAAAAAUUAUCCCUAAUCUACGACGACCACUGUUACAUAGUUUGUUUAUCGAACAGAAGAAUACACGUUGUUAAAAAGACUCUGACACCGGAUUUCCCACAAAACUCGGCUUAGAACGGGAGACUAAAUGAAUGUAAUAUUAUAUCUAACUAAAAUGAAAUUUAUGCAAAUUAUUAUCUUGUUUGGGGGAAUAUUUUUUUCAUUAUAUCAGUUAUAUUGUCUACUGAAUGAUAUGUAAUAAAGGGUAUUAUAUGUUUGA